AUGAACGAAUUCGACUUAGACAACUCCUCGUUAAAUUUCUUCAAUGGCACGCCCUGGUUCGUCCACGAGUGCACCAUCAACCUGGAUAAGGACUAUCAGCGGAUCGCCCUGUUUCUGCUCUACCUGCUGCUGUUCAUGGUGGGGCUGGCUGAAAACACCCUGGUGGUCUGGGUCAACUGGCGCCGGCGCCACUCGGCCAACGGCGUCUUGUUCUGCAUCAUCAAUGUGAGCUUGUCGGACCUGAUGGUGGUUCUGACGUUGCCCUUCUUCAUGCUGGAGGUGACCAUGGACAAGGUAUGGCUGUGGGGCCGCUUCCUGUGUAAAGUCACCCACCUCAUCUACGUGGUCAACUUCUAUAGCAGCACCUUCUUCCUGGCCUUCAUGACCCUGGAGCGUUACCUGUCCCUGUCCAGGCCCUCGUCUCCCGCCUGCUUCCCCGUGGCCAGACGUCGCCGCUGGCUACUCUGCAGUGGUCUCUGGCUCCUCUCCCUGUUCCUGGCUCUGCUGGAGAACGUCCACAUGGACCUGCUGGAGUGGGACGAGCCUGGCUGCUACAUGCUGCCAGAGAACAACUACACCGAGUGGUUCGUCUCCGUCUCCUUCCUCUGCCUCAUCUUCCAGUUCCUGGGCCCGGCCUCCGUCAUUGUCACCUGUAACAUCCUGAUAGCCCGAGCGGUGCGCUCCGCUCCAGACGUGCAGGGAAGACGGGACGUCUGGCUGGUGCAUGUGUACUCCCUGGUGUUUGUCCUCUGCUGGCUGCCGUACCACAUGGUCUUGUUCCUGAUGAUGGUGGAUGAUCUGGACCCUCACGUGUUCAGCUGCAACACAGUGGAGGUGCUCUACAACUCCUACAGUUUGGUUGAGUGCCUGUCGCUCUUCCACUGCAUCGCCAACCCUGUCCUUUACAACUUCCUCAGCAAGAGCUUCCGCACCAACCUGAUCAAUGCUGUGGUCCACUAUGCACCCAGGGAGGGCGCAGGAGGGUCGAAUCCCCAAGACACUGCACACAACGCAGGAGGACCAGACACUGGGAAGAAGGAACGCAAGCAUAGCAGCAUGAGCAUCAGUCACUCUGACGUUGCUGCAUUGUAG